CCGGAGAGGUGACCCUGUCCCAGACGGAGCGCGGAGGCGGCGGCCAUGUCUUGGGGCCUCGCCGCGGCGGUGCGGCUGCUGGCACUGCUGAUCUGUUUGAACGAUGGAGAUGGACUGCAUGUGAAGGUUUAUAAUCGACAUGGCAGCAGUGGCAUGGUGGCUCACCCCAGCAGCCUGGUCAGACAGAAGCGAGAAUGGACAGUCCCGCCGGCUUUCAUACGGGAAGAGGAGGACAAUUCCUACAAGAAUCCAAUUGCCAGAAUACAUUCUGAUCUUGAAGAUACAGGGGUAGUGGUGACUUACACUAUAUCUGGUCAAGGAGUAACAGAACCCCCUUAUGGAUUAUUUGUUAUCAAUGGAAAGACUGGAGACCUGAAUAUAACAGGAAUAGUUGACAGAGAGAAGACUCCAAUGCUGCUUCUCAGAGGUCAUGCACUAGAUAAGACUGGAGCAAAACUGGAAGAGCCAAUAGACCUCCCAAUUAAAGUUGUGGAUAUAAAUGACAACCCUCCAGUGUUUUCACAUGAAGUUUUUGUUGGUUCAAUUGAGGAAUUGAGUGAAGCAGGUACACUUGUAAUGAGGAUAAAUGCGACAGAUGCAGAUGAACCAAAUAACCUAAAUUCCAAAAUUGCUUUCAGGAUUGUUUCCCAAAGCCCCAGUGAUGCUUUCUAUAUGAAUAAGGAUACUGGAGAGGUUCGAGUAGCAAAAAUAAACCUUGACAGAGAGACACAAAGCAGCUAUUCCUUGGUGGUGGAAGCAAAAGACCGUGGUGGUGAGUUAGGUGGGAAUGCUGCAACGAGUUCUUUAGAAAUCAAGAUUCUGGAUGUCAAUGACAACCUGCCUGUGGUUCAGAGCAGUUCAUUUGAAGGAAGCAUUGAAGAAAACAGAGCCAAUGUGGAAAUUCUGCGGAUAAAAGUCUUUGACAAAGAUGAAGAGUUUUCUGAUAACUGGCUGGCCAACUUUUCCUUUGUUUCUGGUAACGAAGGGGGCUUUUUCCGCAUAGUAACAGAUGCCCAGACCAACGAGGGCAUCCUGACUGUCGUCAAGGAACUGGAUUAUGAGGAAAUGCGAAGCCUGAACUUGGGCAUUGUCGUAACAAACAAAGCAGAGUUCCACAAGUCAAUUAAACAGAGUUAUAAAGCAAAACCAAUUCCAAUCAAAAUCAAUGUGAUUAAUGUGAGGGAAGGUCUUGUGUUCCCUGGUGGCACCAAAGUUAUUGAAGCCAGUGAGAAAUACCAGAUAAACCAAGUCAUUGGGCAGUAUCAAGCCUAUGAUGAAGACACAAGGAAAAUAGCAGAGCGCAUUACGUACCUAAAAGGAAGAGAUGCAGCAAACUGGAUCACCAUAGACUCGGCCACAGGUGAAAUCAGGCUUGCCAAAACACUCGAUUAUGAAUCAUCUCAUGUAGUAAAUGGUACCUACACUUUCACCAUACUGGGUGUAACCACUGAUUCUCCCAAGCAAACUGCCACAGGCACAGUUGUUAUCCAUGUCCAAGAUGAGAAUGACAACUGCCCAGUUAUUGUCAACCCUGUGCAGACUGUGUGUUCAAAUGCAAAGCUGAUUAAUGUGACAGCUAAUGAUUUGGAUGGCUACCCAAACAGUGAUCCCUUCAGCUUUGCUGUCAUUGACAAGCCAGAAGGGACAGCCAAAAAAUGGAUAAUUGUAUCCAAUAACGGCACCAGCAUCCAACUGGCACCACAAAACCUGAAGCCAGGCAGAACUGAAGUUCCCAUCCUAAUAAAGGAUUUCCAAGGGCUCAGCUGUGCUCAGGCCCAGUCUGUGCAGCUGACUGUCUGUAACUGUGGAGAUGAGGGUGUCUGCAAAGAGAAGUUCAUUGGUGCCAAGUCCGUGGGGCUGGGACCAGGAGCGGUGGCACUGAUCAUCUUGGCCUUUUUACUGCUGCUGCUUCUUCCCUUGUUACUGCUGCUGUGUCCCUGUGGCUCGGGAGCAAAGGGAUUUGCUGCCAUCCCAGACUACAGCGAAGCGAUGCUGCGUCAGUGGAACAGCGAAGGAGCAGCUCCCGAGGCAAAGCCGGUGCUAAGCUUCAUCCCACCCACUACACUGGAGCAGUCGAAAGGAGCGGCCAGCGGAGCAGUGACAGCAGCCACAGCAGCAGCAGGAAUGAGCGGAGAGCAAACUUCAGCAGGAGGAGGCUCUGCCUCGCAGGUCAGAGAGCAUCGCAGCACCAUCACCAAGGAAGCAUGGGAGGAGCAAAGACAUCUCCUUUCUGGUGCUGAGUAUGGAGCCAUGGCAGCUAGAGGGGCUGAAGGCAUGGCAGGUGUGGAAGGCAAGCCAGUGGUGGCCGGAGGAGGAGUCACAGUUGGAGCAGCAGCAGCCAUGAAUGAAGAAUUUUUAAGAGACUACUUCCAUGACAAAGCUGUCUCUUUUGCGGAGGAAGAUGAAGCCCAAGCUGCCAACGAUUGUCUCCUGGUUUAUUCCCAGGGAGAGUCAAGCUCCCCCCAUGGCUCCAUUGGCUGCUGCAGCUUUAUUGAGGGUGACCUUGAUGACCAUUUCCUUGACGACUUAGGAGACAAAUUCAAGACUUUAGCAGAAAUAUGCCUAGGCAGACACAUCAACAUGAAAGAUGGUAGCUCCAGGGGUGAAUCGGGGUUUGGGCUUAAGGACACUAAGUCACAGUUCUCAGAUCAGCAUAAUGCAUCCAGCUCUGAACAAGCCUUUGCCUCGAGCAGCCGCCUCCAGCCCGUCCUGCCAGUGCAUGCAGGAGAAGAGACACUGUCCAAGGAGGUGGUCACAGAAACAACCUUCACAUCCCGCUCUGGGCAGCAGGACAUCCGACCCCUUCCCUCAGCCCGCACGCAGAGCAACUUCACCGUGACGGAAACCUCCUAUUCUGCAGGGGCUCCUGCCCACUCCACUGCUGUCUACCUAGACCCACAGUUCAAGGAGAAUGUGGUGGUGACAGAGAGGGUGCUGGCACCUGCCUCAAGCUUGCAGGGCAUGGUGGAAAUCCCUGUUUUGCCACAUGGAAGUAACGUGGUGGUUACAGAGAGGAUGGUGAAGUCAGAAGGAGCCGUGCCAGGAGCUCUGAUGGUUCAGGAUCUCCCAGACACCCCGUACGUUGUGGUGAGGGAGCGGGAGAGGGUCCUUGUCCCUGCCACAGAGCAGAGCUCACUCAGCAUCCCCACUUCAGCUGAGGGGCACAGCGUGGUGGUGACAGCCUCAGGGGUACAGAGCAGAGCUGAGCAGGCAGCUGGUGCUGGCCUGGGAAGGCAAGAGCAGGUGUUGAUCACAGACUCCCUGCUGAACCAAGCAGGCUCCAGCUUAGAAGGGCCACCUUCUGCCAGCACCACGCUAAGCAAGUCUUCCAGGGUCACCAAAUACAGCACGGUGCAGUAUAGUCGGUCAUAGCCUGACCCCUUGCAGUGGAGGUGGUGUCCAGCACCCUCGUGUCUGUCUGUGUCUCUCCUCAGCUCUUGAGACACAACAUUUCCGGAGCUUUCCCAAUGACAUGGACUUGCUUGCAGUAAGGACUGUGACCAGGAAGACAGUAAGGAAAGCUGCUGGGUUUAUUAUGUACCAUUGGCAGCAAUGCUUCUGAAGUGGGAAGCUGUGGGAAAUACAUUUUGUUUCCCUGUUUCCUAGUUUUGUAAUCGUUUUUUAUUACUCAGUGUACCAAUGCCAUGUAACUGCAGCUGCAUAGUUAUGGGACAGCAGGAGAAUCUGAAAUCUAGUGAUGGGCAAUGGCAUGCAAAGCAUAAGUUAGGUUUCUGAAGUGCUGUUUGGUGUAGCUGAUGAAGUUAUGUUGUGGGGCCAGGGCAGCUCCCUCUGAACUACAGACCUCUGCACCUUGGUGAGUUGCAAAGAAGUCUCCUUCCUGAGAAGCCACCAAAGCCAGCACAUCCUCAGGGCAAUGGUGUGUUGCUCUCCUGGAGAGCUGUCAUAACGCUGGGUUAUCAGCAUUUGUACCUUAAGCAAUCAAUACUUGCAGGUUAGCACAGGGGUUAGAGGGAUCGAGGAGCAAAAAAAGCUGAGAACUGCAAUUUUUUUGGUCCCUCAAUGUAAAAGUUGCAUUACUUGGUCUGAGUCUGGGCUCAGAUGUGGACAAGUAAGCAUUGUCAUUGUAUAGAUUUUUCACUGACUUCUAAUUGGUCUUUUAACAUAUGAAAAGAGAAACAAACUUAGCUUAGAGCCAAGGAGACUCAGUCAGCGGCUUUGCUAAGCAGAGUUUAUGGCCCUUGGAUGUCUGUAGGAUUUACAAGUGCAGUUAAUUAACUCUGUUUGUGAACUCAAAGGUACAAGCACAGAAAAGCAGCCUGGGCUCUCUGUGUGUUUUAGAGUUCUGGCUCCAGUACCAGAGCUGGAACGGGUUGUGCAGUGCUGUGCAAGGGCAGCUUUCUUUAGCUCUCAGAAGGCAACAGAAAGCUCCCUUGAAGUCUGCAGCACUUAAGAUGUACUUCUCCACAAGCUUCAUGGAGAGAAAUAGCAGAAGACAGAAGUGCAGUGUUUAUAAAUGCAGAUGUAAAUAUUUGUAUGCAGUUGGAAACACUUUUUUAAAGUGAAUUUUAUAAAGUCAGAACUGUAAAACACUCCUUGUGUUUUCUUAGAGUAGAAAGAAGUAUUUUAGGUUAGGUGGUGAUGCUUUGUUGAUCUCCUACCUGAAAAAUCAGCAAGCCAGUUGUAAGCUACUGCACAGCCUGUACAGCUGCAGAGCUUUCUGCUUGGCUGUCUCUCCAGGAGUUUUCCUGCAGCUGCAGUGUUGUGUUUUGCCUUUGACUAGAAAUGCUUCUGGGGUGUUUGAUUUUUACUGAUAAGGGUGUGAAACUCGUUCGUAAGUGUAUAAGGAAUGAUAGCUCUGCUCAGCAGAUGAGGCACCACAGGAUGCACUGGUGGUUGUUGUCAAACUUGCUUGGGCUGUUGGUUGCUUAUCUCUUCAAUCUCGUUUGUAAAGUGUGUGUAUUUACUUUUAAGCAAGCACGCAGUUUGAAGUGGUCCCCACUCUUUCCUGCAGCUAGAGGGAGUCAGCUUAUUUCUGACUAUUUAAUGGCAGCAAGCUGGAAAUAAAGAACUCUACUAUCUUU